GGAAAAUACAAGGCGUAGGUCUCUCCACUAAAAGAUGAAGAGAUACAAAGGUUUAUGAAUUCUCUAAAUGAUGAGGAUCUUAGCACGGAUGAAGGUGAAAUCAGCGAUUUUGAUGAUGAUAGUGUCUGCAAUCCAAGCUAUGUUCUUUCAUCAGAAGAUGAAGCACAGAUUGAUGAAUAUAUGGGUGAAUUGGUUCGAGCACCAUCAGUAUUCAUGUCAUAUGCUAUUGAUACAUCGUUCAACAUGAUCAAAUUUAGUGAUGCCAAUGAAAUUAGUGCAUCUGCAGUGGAAUUACGGCGUUCCUCACCUAUAGCUAGCUGUUCGUUUAAUGUGACCGCUGAUGUAGGGGCAGAGAACGAACAUAUUGCACGACCUGAGAUUGAAGUUCGAAAAGAACUACGAAAGAUUCGACUAUCAAAGCGGCCCCGAUCUCCAUUACCAGAGCUAGAUGCUAUCGGGCUGGAAUCAACGCGAAUAAUGGUGGCUUCAUUGGUUCCAGUUAUUCUGAUUUGAAUCAUGGCAAUCCUGAAUUGAAAAAAAUUAUUUGGAAGAACAAAGAUAUGCAGCUUCAUAAAAAUCAAAUUGUUUUUCAGGGGGAAAAGAAACUGCCAACUGAGUUCGAUUAUUUACAAACACCGUUUCAAACCUUCGUGUACUUUUUCACAGACGAGAUUUAUAAUUUAUUGGUUUAUCAAACUAAUCUUCAAGCAUGCCAAGAAAACAUCAAUACAAAGUUCGUUACAAAUGAAGUAGAGAUACGGAAAUACGUGGGUAUAUUGAUAUAUAUGUCGGUAUACAAAUAUCAAAAUUUGAAAAAAUAUUGGGGAAAGUAUGCUUUUACUCCUAUCCAAAAAUCAAUGCGACGAAGUCGGUUUUAGAAAAUAAAAAAAUAUUUAAGUUUUGCUGAUGACUCUA